CGGAUCUUAAAUGGGCUCCAACCCAUUGAAUUGCUGUUAAAAAAACGGAUGCGCCUCUUGCUCCCCUCUCUCUGAGUUCUCCAUUGAAGCGCACUCAACAUCGCACUUGACGUUCUCUGAGUUGUAUUUGUUCUCAGCAGCUUCUGAGCAAUUACCCCCAAUUUCUCAAAUCCCUACAAAGCUUCAUACAUGGAGAAAAAACCCUUUUUUUCUUCUUAGUUCUUCCCAAUGGAGGUUUAACAUUCCUUUUACCCCUCCCUAUUUUCGCCCCACUCACUAAAAAAACCCCUUUUUUCUUCUUAGUUCUUCCCAACAAUGAAGAAGAAACGAACCCCUGAGACCCAACUACAAUACGAACUGGGUACUUGUUCCAAGCAAAAUGAUCUCAAAAAAGCAAUUUCUCUUUACAAUUCAGCUUUAACUCAAAACCUCCGUCUCUCUCAUCAUCACUUCAAUUCAAUCCUCCAUCUUUGUUCUUCCCCUGAAUCUCUCUCCUCCCCCAACAAGUCAUUUGCUCUUGAAAAUGGUUUUCGGGUUUUCGAGCAUAUGCAAUCCAAUAAAAUUCCACCAACUGAGGCUACGAUUACCCAAGUUGCGCGCCUUGCAGCUGCCAAAAAUGACCCAGAUUAUGCAUUUGAGUUGGUCAAAAGUGCGAGGGAUAAAGGGGUUUUGCCGCGGUUGAGGACUUAUGGUCCUGCAUUGUUGAAGUACUGUGAGAACCUGAGGGUUGAAGAAGCUUAUGGUGUAGAGGAGCAUAUGAAGGGUAAUGGGGUGAAGUUAGAAGAGGGAGAAUUGAGUGCCCUUUUAAGGGUUAGUGCUGAAGUUGGGAGAGAGGGGAAGGUGUAUGAAUAUUUGAGUAAGUUGAGGGGGGUGGUGAGAGGUGUGAGUGAGGAGACUGCUGGGGUUGUGGAGAAGUGGUUUCAAGGGGUGAAGGCGGCCGAGGUUGGUGUUGAGGAGUGGGAUGUUGUUAAGGUGAGGGAAGAGAGGGAGAAGUGUGGGGGUGGGUGGCAUGGGAUGGGGUGGUUAGGGAAGGGGCCUUGGGAGGUGAAGAGGGUUAAGAUUGGUGAUAAUGGGGGAUGUUGUGGGUGUGGGGAGCGGUUGGUUUGUGUCGAUAUCGAUUGUGGGGAGACCGAGAGGUUUGCGCAAUCAAUUGCUGGUUUGGCUAUGGAGAGGGAAAUCAAGUCUGAUUUUAAGAGUUUUAUGGAGUGGAUUGAUAGCCAUUCAGUUUAUGAGGCUAUAGUAGAUGGAGCAAAUAUUGGGCUCUACCAACAAAAUUUUUCUGAGGGAGGGUUCAGUAUCACACAGCUUGAAGCUGUAGUAAUGGAAUUGUACACUAGGAAUAAAAGGUGGCCUUUGGUUGUCCUGCACAAGAAACGUCUACGAGCAUUCCAGGAGAACCCUUCCACUCAAAAACUGCUUGAGGAGUGGUUAUCUCAAGGCAUACUCUAUGCUACACCUAGUGGAUCAAAUGAUGAUUGGUAUUGGCUCUAUGCUGCUGUGAAGAUGAAGUGCUUGCUUGUCACAAAUGAUGAAAUGCGUGAUCAUAUUUUUGAACUUCUUGGGAGCAGCUUUUUUCUACAGUGGAAGGAAAGGCAUCAAGUCCAUUAUACGUUUGUGAAGGGAGUUCCAAACCUUAAAAUGCCUCCAACAUACUCUAUUCUUAUUCAGGUUUGUGGAUUUUGCAGUGUUCUGAGUGGAUAAUAUGCUUUGGGUCUAUGGUGCUUUGUUUCUAUGGAGGCCUUAAUGGAGAAAGUCUUUUUUUCUUCUUCUCCAUCUGUAGUUGGUGUGGAUAUUCGUGAGGCUGAGGUGAUCGUUGGUGAUUGUGAAUUUAUGGAGUGAUUUAAAGAGGUAGGAGAUAGAACAGAAGAGGUGUCCAUGGAUGAACCGGUUUUUAAAUAUGUGUAGAUGGUUAACCUCUGUUAGAUCUUCUACUGAUGUCUGAGCUGUUAAAAGGAUAAAGUUAUUGGUUAGUUAAGAAGUGAAGCUUUCCUCGUAGAAGUAAACUAUUAUCUUCGAUGUUAUUGGCACCUUGGUGAUGGUUGUGCAGCUUGCGCUUAUCUUACUCCCCUGUAUUGUGACAGGUUGUAUAUGGCUGAGUUGUCACUGAGUCUUCAUCUAUGUUUAUAGCCAUCUAGGUAUUAUAGACUUAUUCAUAAGAUUUACUUUAGUUUCAAUUUGUUUUUAGAUACCUGGUGAGAGGUUUUAAUUGGUGAGUGCCCCCCACUUGAAACGGGAAUAUAAUGUAUUAGAUGGGUUGUAAGCACUUGUCACUCGUAACCCUUAUGCCUAUUUCCAUUUUAUCUUCACAUAAACUGUCACUUGUAAUUUUAUGUCUGUUUGUUUGUUGUGAGCUUGGGAAAUGACUGUAUACAGGCUGUUAUUGUUGCGCAGUUGUGCCUUUCAAUUCAAAGGUGCUCAGGAAACUGUAGUGUGUGUUAGGUAAAUUGGUGUUGGGGCACUUUAAGUCAUGCCAUAUGAGCUGUUAGAAUAGCCUUCCUACAAUAGCAUCUUAUGAGGGAUUAGCUUAAAUUUGAGUUGCAACGGAGAAUCACAAAAUCAAAAGAUGCAACUUGAUCUAAAUGAGCUAUUUAAGGAUUCUCCAUAAGUUGAUUUUUAUAAGUUAAUCAGCCUUGUUGAGAUAUCUAAAAUUCUAGAAUGCCAAAUGGAAAAUGCAUACGACUUGUACCUGGGUUCUAGGAGGCUAUUAGCCUAAGGCUUUAGUUCAUUUUGUGUGCAUAUUUGGAGAUUUAGUAGUGUUGGAUAACAUAAUUUCAAAAAAGUUUUGGGUCUUCCUAUAUGAGGACAAUUGGUGUUUGAUGCUAGGAGAUCCCAUUGGCUAUUCAGGGGUUAUCUUCAGGUGCUCAUCAUGAAGGCUAGAAAUAUUGUGUAAAUGAAAUCGAUUUCAGAGCUCAAAGAUUAUUCAGAGCCAGAGGGCAGUCCCAAAAGAUGCCAUUUUAAGGGAACCCACCAGUGAUACCAAAGGUAUACAUCUGGGGCAAGUUUUGGGGAGUCUGUUGGGAACUAAGCUAUCACCUGCUGUAUGGGAUAUGUGGUCCUAGUUUUUAAUUCAUUUAAAGUUCAUCUUAAUCUAACUUGGAUAACUAAAAUUGUCCGUGAAUGUGAUUAUUAGUAGGAGUGAGCAUGGAUCGGAUAUCCGUAUCCGAAUAUUAUGACAUUUGAUAUCCGUAUCUGAUUUCGGAUAUCCGAUAUCCGGAUAUCCGAAAAUUUCAAUAAUCUUGGUUUCAUUUUACGGGAAUAAUGUUGUUAAAAUACUACAUUAAUGGCAAAAUUUAUUUAAAAUCUUGACGGCAAUAUUAUACUCAUAAUUAGUUUAAUUACAAGUUACAAUUAUUCAUAAUUUUGAAUCUAACAAUCCCAAAAAUUUCAAAAUCUAAACACAUACUAAUUGAAGAAAAAAAAGAAAAAAACCCAAAUAACAAAAUCCAAAGAUUAAUUUGGUAUAAAAUCUGAAUCUAAAAUCAAAGAACCCAGAAAAUUGUAAGAAUUAUAUAUCAAUCGAACAAAUUAUUUAAAACCAAAUUGAAUGAAAAAAAUAAUCAGAAAAAAGUGUAGAUAGAGGAGAACCAAGUCGCCAGAGGAGGAGAUCUGAGAAGAGAGAGAAGAUAAAGAGAGGAGAGAGAGAGGCGGUGGGGGGUAUGUGUUUUGAGGGAAUGAAGUUAGGGUUUGGGUAGGUGGGAGUUUUUGAAACUUUGUACGGUAGUAUGUAAAAUAUUAAAAUGAAAAAUAAUAAAUUAAGUGAUUUGAUUUUUAUCGGAUAUCCAAUCCGAUAUCCGACUUUUUCGGAACGGAUAUCCGAUCCGAAAUUGAUUUCAGAUUGGAUAUCCAUAAUUUGCGGAUUGGAUCAUCGGAUUUUCAGAUAGUUUUGCUCAGCCCUAAUUAUUAGCCUUAACAUGAAAAUGGUACGACUUCUUGCCAACUUCUGAGAGAAUAUUAUGUAGAUGCUUUCACCUUCUUUCUGUCAUUUUUGUGAAUCCGGGGUGAUCGUUAUAUUGUGAUAUAGUCUUUUCAUUGAUUGUGCACCUACUCUGUUUUAUUUUACGCCUUUUUAUUGGAUCAAUGCUGUAAUUGCUCAAACUGCUUAUAG